CGCGACGGUGAGCAUUGUUGCGGAGCUCGGACUCCUGAUGACUGCCUGGGAGCCUGCACUACAAUGUCUGUCACGCUCCAUACCACCCAUGGCGACCUCAAGGUAGAGAUAUUCUGUGAAGCUGUCCCCAGGACCGCCGAGAAUUUCCUAGCCCUAUGUGCCUCAGGCGCCUACAACGACACCCCCUUCCACCGCCUGAUCCCCUCUUUUAUGAUCCAAGGCGGCGACAUAUCUCUCUCCCUGCCCUCCACCGAUUCCGAAUUACCCCCCGAACGACCUUCGUUACCAUUCGAAAUCCCCAAGGGCGGAGCAUCAAUUCACCACCCAGAGCCCCUCGAGCAAGAAAUCCACCUUCCGUCCCUCCGACACAAUGCCCGUGGAAUCCUCAGCAUGGCGAGCAAAGCCGUUAAAAAGAGCACAACGGGUUCGGAGACAAAGCACAUCAACGGCAGUCAGUUUUUCAUCACAUUUGCCCCCGCGUCUCAUCUUGAUGGGAAGAGUACUGUCUUUGGGAAGGUUCUAGGUCUGGGUUCCAAGGAACAAGGGGAGGAGCACGAUACAUUGACGAAGUUGGAAAACGCGAAGGUGAAGAUUGAUAAGAAAGGGAGGGUCGUACAGCCGGGUGAUGUUGGGAAGAACCAGAAGAAAGAAAAAGCAGAAGUGGAGCAGGAUGCGGAAUGGGAGCGAAUUGGGAUUGAAAGGGUGACAAUCCAUGCAAAUCCGUUUGCGGAAUGAGCGGCCAGCGGUUCUGGAAAAAUAUAAUGGGCCCCCGGUGACCCUGGAUUGAAAUAUUCCAGUGUUUCUUUGGUCAUUUGGACGGAAACCCGGUUGACAGCCAGCGAAUAUCCGUACAAAAGGUUCCUCCUUGCAUCCUCCCUUCGGGAAGUCACGAUCUUGAUCUGGACAUGACGCUCUCUGCCGAGCCGUUGGGUUUCGCCUAGCCCACUCCUUCGUCUCGGGUUGGGAGCGAAGACCGGAUCAAUUCUCGUAUCCGCCGUCAGGUCAACCAAGAAAAUUAUGCCUGGGGCUUUCAAAAACAAAAGACCCUUUCUCGUGCUAGACUGAUCAAAGAUCAGUUCUCAAAGGCCUGGCUUCUUUAAAAUUUGUCCGAAUAACACGCAUUCUGUGGAUAGCUAAUUUAUCAAGCUGGAUGAAUCUGUACAUUUACAUCUGGCCAAUUCUAUCUGAUUAGAGCGUAUAAACUAUGCCAAGCAGGGUGCAAGAAAAUAAUAAUCAUCUUUCGUUCUAUCCCAGAACGCAAUGAGCAAAA